AUGUCCCGUGAUAUUUCCCCGUUAUUUACAUCACUCGUUUCAUCCAUUAAACCAACAAUUCCAAAAUUAUCACCCAUUUCUGAGGAGGAGAAGAAAAAAACUUCACUUACUGGCUAUGAAUUUUCUUUUCAGACACGUGCUGAAAGUCUUCAUUCAAGUCUUAAAGUCUUAUCAAAUUAUUUAAAACGUAUUCAUCAAUUAACAGCUGGUACUUUAGGCAAUUCAACUAAACAACGUUUACAUGCUGAGUUAACUGAAAAUGUCACUGUUUUGAUUGAACAAUGUACUUUAUUGUUAGCACAAUUAAAAGAUCUAAUUCAUACUACAAAAGAUAUUAGUAAAGUUGAUCGAAGCAUAACUUCAAUACAUGAUGAUUCAAAUAUUAGUAAUAGUAAAAAUCAACUUAUAUUACAUCGUCUAACAAUUCAUAAACUACUAAGUGAAGAAUUAGAUUCUUUAAAAAAACUGCGGGAAAGUGAAAUCAGGAGACAACAACGUCUUGUCGAGUUUUCAGGAAAUCUUGCUACUGGUGUACGCUCUGUUGCCGCAUCGGGUACAAAUGUCACUGCAUAUUUAAAGCGUCCCAAUAAAUAUGAUAACAACGAUACAAAGUUAAGAAGACGUGGUAAUAAUAAUGAUAAUAAUAAAACUAAUGAUGUUUUAAACUAUCAUGAAUCUCGACAUGAAGAAAAUUUCACAGAAAAUGAAUUACGUACACUUGAAGUUGAAAAUCAAAUACUCUAUCAACAUUUUACGCAAGAGAAAGAUGAACUGCAUCAAGUAGCUAAGAAAAUCUCUGAAAUUGGUCACUUAAACCAAACAUUAUCAGAACACCUAAUGGAACAAUUAGAGACAACUGAAAAGAUAGCUGAUUCGUCUGUAACUGCCACUGAGUAUAUUCGUCAGGGAAAUGAAUUACUUCGUGAAGCAAUCAAUUCUAAAGCAACUGUACAAUUUUGGAUGCUUUUUAUUCUUAUAAUCUUAACAUUCUCUCUUCAUUUUCUUGAUUGGUUCUAUCCAUAA